AGAGAGAGAGAGAUCCAUUGAUGCCUCAGUCAACUUUCUCUCUCUAGGGUUUGUUCUCUAUUUAUACAGACAUAGGUUUUGUGUACACACAGACCUAUAUAUAUAUAUAUAUAUACAAUACACACAUACAGAUAACGCCUUUUUUCUCUGGGAAAAAGUACCGAGUGUUGUUGAAUCAAUCGAGAGAUUGCGAACCUUUGUGUUCGUGGAUCGAUCGGUCGAUCUGGUUUUGCUUUUCAACAUAUCUCGAGCUCUUGUCUUUUUUCUGUUGUUGAUUGUUUGGAUCGGAGGUUGAUUAGUAGAUUACAAUCAUGUUUUUGGUCGAUUGGUUCUACGGAGUCCUCGCAUCGCUCGGUCUCUGGCAGAAGGAGGCUAAGAUCUUGUUCUUGGGCCUCGAUAAUGCCGGCAAGACCACCUUGCUUCAUAUGUUGAAAGACGAGAGAUUGGUUCAGCACCAGCCAACCCAGUACCCAACAUCUGAAGAGCUGAGUAUUGGGAAUAUCAAGUUUAAAGCCUUUGAUUUGGGUGGCCAUCAGAUUGCCCGCAGAGUUUGGAAAGAUUAUUAUGCUAAGGUGGAUGCUGUGGUGUACUUGGUGGAUGCUUAUGACAAGGAGAGAUUUGCCGAGUCGAAAAAGGAGCUGGAUGCUCUCCUCUCUGAUGAGUCCUUGGCUAUUGUCCCUUUCCUAAUUCUGGGCAACAAGAUUGACAUCCCUUACGCUGCUUCAGAAGAUGAGUUACGCCACCACAUGGGUCUGACUGGUGUCACCACUGGCAAGGGGAAGGUAAACCUGGCAGACUCGGGCGUGCGUCCGCUUGAGGUGUUCAUGUGCAGCAUUGUCCGCAAAAUGGGAUAUGGAGAGGGUUUCAAGUGGGUUUCUCAGUACAUCAAGUAGGAGGAGGCAGUGGGAUACAGAUUAAGCUUUUUGGUAUUUUACAUCAUGUUCCAGUACUGGAUUUAAGUUGGACCUGUUGUCUGUUUGAAAUCAUCAGUGUUGGAUAUAUUUCCAUUGUUCCAAUGUUUUAGUGAAAUGAAAAACUUCACAACCAAAAAAAAAAAGUACCAUUCUUAUGACGUCGUGCCAAAUUUUGGAAUAUGUGACCCCCCUUGAGUAUUUGAAGGAGAGUAAUUUCAUUGGCAGGGUAUUUUAACCUCUAGACUUCAUCAUGUGCCGCAAU